AUGGUUUUUGGCAUGAACAAGAGAGAACGAAGGGUUCCAGACCUUUCUCGAUACGAUUACCACUACCAGAACAAAGAUGAUUUCAACAGGAGUUCAAGACUGUCAGCGGCGGCUGCUCACGCAGCAUCAGCGGGUGCUUACGCACCCGGGACGCUGCGUUCGCAACCGCAGAGGAGCCAAUCGAUGACUCACUCGAGCAGCCAGGCGAUCAGGAGGGUUGCGCCGAAUCGAGGACCAGCAAGAGUGCCCAAGAGUGGCUCAGGGCACAAUUAUCCAACAUAUUCGCUCCAGGGCUCAACACAACCAAGGAGGGCCUCUGUGACUUCAAACAAUUCUGCUGCGAGGGUUCGCAACGGCAAUGGCUCAAGAGCCAACUCGAUCACUGUGAAGACCACGGAGGUCAGGGAUCCGCAGGGAAGAACGCAAUCGAUUACCAGGCGGACAAUCAGGAGGGUCAACGGAUAUGAGUAUGUGGAGACUACGACCACGACCACACAGGCAAUUCCGAUUGUAGAUGCUGAGAAACAUUUUGACGAAUUCAGUGGUAAUUACAUUAUACAGGAGGACGAUGGAGCAGAGGAGCCUUCUGAAGGAGAGCAGCCGAGCCGGGAGCCUCGUUCGGGACAUGCUUAUACUGCUCUGACCGAGCCAAAGCGAUCAUCCGGCGCAGCACUAGCUGGGGGUUCGGAAGGCGAGUUGCCGUUGGAUCAGACAAGCAGUCUUUCGCAGUUUUCAGAUGCCUUGGAGUACAUUCCGGAUCAGACCAACAGGCACAGUAGACAGCAACGGAAGACGGUGAGGCAGGGGCCUGCGGCAGGUAGUCGGAAGUCCCCUCAGCAGGCAUCGCAAACUCGCAAGCAGCAACCGAAAAGGGCUCUUACAGAAAAGGAAAUGUAUGCAAAGGCAUAUGCGAUUGCUCAGCAGAGCGUAUACAAGACGGAUGACAGUGGUUCUGGAGCCUCGGCGCCGCAAAGUCGAAUGGGACAGAGGACACUUCGAGACUCAGCAUCAGUCGACGUUGGCUCGACGAUCAGCAGUGGCUCUUCAGGAAAGCCGAAAUCCAAGCCCAAAAGAAUAAGCUCCUUUUUCCAGCGGAAUGGCAAGAACCAAAAUGAAGUAACUGAGCAAUCUGUUCCCCAGGAGAUCGAAAAGCCACAGAUUCAAGCACCCAAGUCUCCUUUGCCUAAGGCACCUGUUAUCACUGCAAAACAAAAGCUGAGCGACGAGGAGAUGUAUAGGCAGGCGUUAGCAAUCGCACAAGAGAAGUACGGUCAGAAUCAGAAGCCAGUACCGACGAAUCCAGCCCCAGCGGAGCCUCAAGAACAGGUAAAUGAGCCAUUGCAGCAUACCAGCAGGCAAGAGCCAGUGAAAGCGACUUCCUCCGAAGCCGUUCAGCGGUCGAACAGCAACGUGGAAGAGCAGGAUUCGGAUGUGUUUGAACGUCCUGAAGCAACCACAGCUACGAAGACAACCACCCCCGAGGCCAAUGAAGGUGCGCAAAUAAAUGAAUGGGAGCGUUACGAUAUGGAGCAUCCCGAGCCCGAAGGCAAGAAAGCUUCUGGUGAGCGCAAGUCAAAAAUUAAGAACAUGUUUGAGAAGGUCAAGCAAUUUUCGAUCGAAAACAGUGGUUACCAGCCGUCCAAGGGAUCCACGACUAAAGCUGUUGCUGUCGAGUCCCAGGCUGCAGAGGAGAUCAAUAUAAUAAAGGUGGCACCUCUUGGGCGUAAUCAGAGCAUUUCCUCUCAUGGUGCCUCCACUACGAGAAAUGUCGAGGAGUCCUUAGAGACAACGAACCGUCAUUUCGAUGACCAGGCCAGCGAAACAUCUUUCCAUAGAUCCAUCAAGAAGACCGUCGCUGCUGAGCCACCGCAACAGCAAGAGACUGCCCCAACAGAGGAACCGACAGCCAGAAACGAAACAAAGAGGACCAAGAACAAUUUUCUGAAGAAACUGUUCAGUCGUUCGUAA